AAGAAUACUCGUUAGUUUCAUGCACAAACUAUCCCUCCUUAUUGAAAUUCAUGCAAAUUUACGUACUGAUAUUCAUAAGCAAUGCCAAGCAAGUUAAAGAAGGCAAUCGGGGCAGUGAAAGACCAGACGAGCAUAAGCCUAGCCAAGGUCUCCAAUACCUCCAACCUCGCCAGCCUCGAAGUUACCAUCCUCAAGGCCACCUCCCACGACGUCGUUCCGAUCGACGACAAGUACGUCCGUGAGAUCCUCUCCCUCAUCUCCGCCUCCAAAUCCAACGCCGCCACCUGCGCCCAAGCCAUCGCCAAACGCAUCGGCAAGACCCGCAACUGGAUCGUCGCCAUCAAGUCCCUCAUGCUCGUCCUCCGAAUCUUCCAGGACGGCGACCCCUAUUUCCCCAUUGAAGUCCUCCACGGGAUGAAACGUGGCGCCAAGAUCCUUAACCUCUCCAAUUUUCGUGAUGACUCGACCUCAUGUCCCUGGGACUACACCGCCUUCGUCCGCAACUUCGCUCUCUACCUUGAAGAAAGGCUCGACUGCUUCCUCACCGGAAAGCUCCAGCGGCGUUUCACCUAUCAGCGAGAUCAGGAUUGCAUUAUCAUCAACAACACCCGUAACCGCCGACGAGGCAUUAAUAAUGAACCUGUGGUUCGGGACAUGAAGCCGGCGAUGCUGCUGGACCGGAUUCAAUUCUGGCAGAAACUGCUGGAUCGAGCCAUUGCCUUAAUCCCCUCCGGUGCCGCCAAAACGAACCGUUUAAUCCUCAUUUCCCUCUACGCAAUCGUCCAGGAGACCUACGAUCUAUACAGAGACAUUUCGGACGGGCUGGCUUUGCUUUUAGAUAGCUUUUUUCAUCUCCAAUACCAUUCAUGUCUAAGUGCUUUUCAUGCAUGCGUAAAAGCCUCGAAGCAAUUCGAAGAGCUUUCUACUUUUUAUGGAACUUGCAAGGCGUUAGGUGUUGGGAGGACCUCUGAGUAUCCAAGCGUGCAGAAAAUUUCUGAGGAGCUGAUCGAGACAUUGCAGGAGUUUGUGAAAGACCAAGCUUCAUUUCCAGGUCGAUCGCCGCCGCAGUAUAUGAAUCAGAAUGUUAAAGAUAAAGGGACGGCAUCCAGCCCGGACCAAUUUGAGUUUGCUAAUUCAGAGCCGUUCGAGGGUGCAUCGGAGAGAGGCUCAGCUUUUGGUUCGGCUUGUACGUCGUUAUCGGAUUUGAUGAGUGUUGGCGGUAUAGAAAAUGGGGCUAGCCCAUCGUGGUCGGCCGAGCAAGAUUUUCUUACCUCCGAUGAGCAAUUGUCCGAGAAGACCCUGUCUCCGUUUCAGUCACCGUUACCGGAAUUCAUGGUUGGUAGUAAUGAUAAAGCAUCGAGCCAAUCUUUGCCGCAGAUUGAUCUUUUUGAGGUCUUUCCACCGCAACAAACAGAUCAGGUUCAACAAGCUAAUCAAGAAGGUGAAAAACCUGCAUGGGAACUUGUUCUUUUUGAGUCUGCAAAUCAAAGUGGUGCAAUGGAAACAUCAUCGAUUGCUUCGCCUCCUCCCAACCUGUUUGCUUCUCCUUCUCCUAACCUGUCUCCUAAUCUGUUGGAGUCAUCGUCCAGCCCGGACUUGGACUAUUUCUUUCAGAAUUCUUUGACAAGCAAUGCAUUACACCAAAACAAUCCAUUUCUUCAAGACAUUGUACAAGUUGAGGGCUUUGCAAUUCCCACUUCCAAUGAGACAAGUAGUAACGCUGGCCUAGAAAAUUUGGACGAUUUGUUUUCGUUCCCUUCCACAUCUCAGCCAUCGGCGCCACCAACAUUUGGUGUGCGGAGUUCCAAUGGGAGCACAGUGGCUCCAACAUUUGUGGCUGACAGUUCAGAACAAAGCACAAUGUUACCAACAUUUUCUUCCCAUAAUUCAAAUGGUAGCACAAUGGCACCAACAUUCUUGGCCAAUAAUCCAAAACAAAGCACAAUGUCUCCUACAUUUUCUGCACAGAACUCAAAUGGGAGAAAUGUAGCUCCAACGUACUUGGCCCAGAGUACAAAACAAAGCACGAUGUCACCAAGGUUUUCUGCACAGAACUCAAAUGAGAGGGCGGUGGCUCCAACCUUUUGUACGGCGGAUACAAUAGAUAGCACAGUGGUACCAACAAAUCCAAAAGAGACUGAAAUUGCACCAACAUUUUCAGCUCAGCGUGGGGAAGGAAGCUCAAUGUCACCACCUCUUUGUGCGCAGAAUACAAAUAAUAGCAUAACAGCACCAACAUUUCAAGCAGAAUUUCCAAGGGAUAGGACUUUGGCACUUCCAUCUUGUGCAGAAAAUUUGAAAGACACUGAAAUCGCACCAUCAUUUUCGGCUCAAAGUCCUGAAGGAAGCUCAUUUUCACCAUCCUUUUGUGCGCAGAAUACAAAUAACAGCAUAACAGCACCAACAUUUCAUGCAGAAUUUCCAAAGGAUAAGACUUUGGCCCUUUCAAUUUGUGCAGAAAAUUCAAGAGAGAGCAGAAUGUCGCAAACGUUUGGGGAGCUGACUCCUAAUAAUGGGAGUGUAGUAGCACCAACCUUCAGUUCAGAGGAACCUAAUGAGUUCAUGGCCGUGCCAACUUUCUCGGCAAGAAGCAGUACUAAUGGCAACGAGACACCAAGGUUUGGUUCGCCAUUUGCUAUCCAAAGUGAUGACCCGUUCGGACCCUUCUCUGGCAUGACAAGUACAAGUGAAACUAUGUGUAAUGGAACAGUGAAUCAAGAAACUGUGUUGCAUCAACAAAGACAGUGGUUGGAGCAACAAAACAAGAUUAUUGCUAAACAUUUGACUUGAUGUGUAAUGGUAACUUUGUCUUGGCCAUAUUGCAAUGGCAAUUACUUUCUUUAGAAAGGUUUUUUUUUUUUUUUCUUUUCUCCUUGUUAUAUUAGAGAAAGAAUCGAA